AUGCAUCUCAAUCCAGCACUGGCUCUCUAUCCUGCAUUUUCCGUGAGAGGAUGCAUUGCUGCACCCAGUAGGUCGGAAACGCAUGACAUCUCAGCUCACAGCAUCUCAGCCCUCUCCCCCGUCUCCCCUUUCUCCCCCCCACUUCCUACCCCCCACUUCGUUCCCCUUCCUACCCCCCACUUCGUUCCCCUUCCUACCCCCCACUUCGUUCCCCUUCCUACCCCCCACUUCGUUCCCCUUCCUACCCCCCACUUCGUUCCCCUUCCUACCCCCCACUUCGUUCCCCUUCCUACCCCCCACUUCGUUCCCCUUCCUACCCCCCACUUCGUUCCCCUUCCUACCCCCCACUUCGUUCCCCUUCCCACGCUCGCCCUGUUGUGGCCCUCCCCACCCCCUCCUUUUUCUUCCUCCAUUUCCUCAAUCUGUCCUACGUCCCUCCGUCCUCCUCCCUUCCCUAUGUUCCUACAUUCCAUACCCAAUCCUUUUAACCAAUUUCUCCCUGCCUCUUUUCUCUUUCCCUUCGUCUCUCCCUCCCCCGUCUCCAAGAUCCCCACUCACUCCAUUCAGCUUCUCCAACACCUGCGCUCAUCCUCCCUUGCACUCCAGGUGUCAGCAACUCAAUCGUGCCAUGCCUCCCACUGCACACACCUGCUCGCAUCUCACUUCGCCUUCUUGCCUUUCAACCUGUGCAUAAACAGCCUGUCCAUCCCCACCUCAGGUCCUCCCAUCUGCUCCCCACCAUCCCAGCCAGCAGCCGCACCGUAG